AUGCCUCUUCCAACAGCUAAUCAAGUCACCGUGGAUGAUUCCAAGAUUCAUGGAGACUGGCGAGAUAAAUUGUUCCAAAAUGGCUAUGUUGUGGUGAAGAAUGCAAUAUCGCCAGCGCGAUGUGAGUACUACAUCGAGAAAAUGUUUCAGUGGUUGGAAAGUUUCCCUUUUGGGUUUGAUAGGAACAAUCAAUCAACCUGGACUGAACAACAUUUACCCACGCACAUCAAGGGGGGAAUGUAUCAUGGAUAUCGUAUCCAGCAUGAAAAGUUCAUAUGGGAGGCCCGAACAGAAGACGGAGUAAUCGAAGCCUUCGCCAAACUGUGGGGAACAGACAAGCUUCUGGUCUCUUUUGAUGGAAUGAACUUCACGCUUCCAUCUGGUACUACUUUGCCACAAACGAAGCCUUGGCCACAUAUUGACCAGAGCCCAUUGCGAGAGGGCAUGCAGUGUGUUCAGGGUAUUCUCAAUUUUGCGCCAAAUGGUCCUCAAGAUGGGGGUCUUCUCGUUAUGAAAGGAUCUAAAAAUCUUAUGCCCGAAUUUUUCAAGACUCACUCAGGUACAAUUAGUCGACCAACCUGGGGACCCAGCGACUGGUUUGGCUUUGACGAGAGUGAGGUAAAAUGGUUCGAGGAAAGAGGUUGUGAGAUUCAUAAGAUGACCGCUCAACCCGGGGAUCUGAUUCUCUGGGACUCUCGCACUAUGCAUUUUAAUUGCGUUCCAUCAACUCAGAACCUACGCGCCGUUGUUUAUGCGUGCUAUACACCAGCUUCCUUGGCGACGCCUGAGAUCUUGCAGCAGAAGGGUGAACUUUUCGAUCAGCGAACUGGAACAACUCAUUGGCCCCAUGACAAUUUGUUCACUGAAACCAGUCAUGCAAACCGGCCAGAAGAAGACGAAGGGGACCUGACUAAGCGUCUCUACGAGGAGCCUAUCGAGACGGACCUAGUGUUGAAGCUGGCAGGGAAAAUUCCUUAUUAA